AAUCAUUUCGCGUUUCAAUAUGGAAAACUUAUCACAACAUGAAUUUGAAAACUCAUUCAUUCUGCCCAGCCCUGAGUCAGAUUUCUCGGACUACAUUAUCCCAUCCGCCACUCUUCUGAAUUCAGUGCCUUCCCAGGAUCCUCCAAACUUUUCAGGCACUAGCCAAGCAGUGCAUUCGCCCGAUGACCCUUCCGGACUCCUCAUUGCAGAUUGGCGGAUGAAGAGACAUAACGCGGACACUACGAUCAAUGUUGCCUUACAAACCCUAAAUUCGGCUUAUUGCGCGCUCCAUGUGGCAAAUGAUGCGGCACAAAGGGUAAUUGAAAUGUUUGACUACCAAGGAAAGUGCCCCGAGCAUCAAACUCUGGUAGCGCUGCAGCAGCGAGUGGCAGCACUGGAGAUGAAGCAACCGGAACAGCCCCCCGCCCGAAAGGCUACCAAAAAGAAGAAGUGA